AUGAAGACUAUGUCUCGGCUACCCGCAAACAGAUUCCAAACUCAAACGAAUAACAAGACUCUCUAUAAGAGAUCAUGCGGAGAGGUUCCAGAGAUUCUUGCUCAGAUUUCUACCACCGCUGCUGGAACUGGAAUGACUGCGCUGUUCCCUGUGAUAUGUAGCCUUGCUUCAAGGCGUACUCAGGGAGGUGCUUUCUUAGAGUGUGCUUCUUCAACUGGUAAGACAUUCUUCAUGUCUGAUUUUGUUGUUCUUGCGAUCAAGGAGCCUGGAUCAGCAGCUCCUGCUGAAUGA